CGCAAUUCACCGAUAUUUUUGCACGCCCCUAGCUGAAAGGAAUGUAGUCGUCUUGUCCGCCGCAGCAGACUCACUCUGAGCUGAGUCACUCCCUCGCCCACAAAAGAUGAUACAUGGAUAAUUCUCUCUCUCUCUCACUUGCUGGAAGAAUCAAAUUAACCCAAAUUAGCCAGCACUAGAUACUGAAUUUUAGGGAGAGAAAAGGGUUUCACAGAGAGCGAAGAGACGGAGAAAUGGCAAGAGGAAGCAAUGGAUUGAACCAAGCGAACAAGGCGGGGGCAUUCUUCGGGGCUACUUUGGUGAUGUGGGCUGUCUCUGUUUUCUUUGAAAUACUGUUCAACAGACGCUCCGAGCUCGUCUCCGUGCUGGUUGGCUUUUGCUUUUACCAAUCAGCCAACUGGACCAUCCGGAAUUGGGUCUCGCGCGACCCUCUCUUCGUCAACACUUCCGUUUCUCUCCUCCACUCCUUCUUCACCUCUACUUCAGUGAUUUUCGUUCUGGUCAACCAGUGGAUGAGAAAUGGUUCUUCGGAGAUAUUUGAGCAUUCACAGUUGUUUGGGGGCACUUGGCCAUGGGCAUACCAGGCAUUAUGCUUUUCAUGUGGUUACUUUGCAUAUGAUCAAUGGGAUAUGCUGCGCUAUCGACUAUACCGUGGUUGGGUCCCUUCAAUCCUAUUGCAUCAUCUGGUACUCCUUGUUUGCUUCACACUUGCUUUAUACAGGAAUGUCACAAUCAACUAUCUCAUCCUCACCUUAAUUUGUGAGCUGCAUUCUGUAUUUCUGCACUUGAGAAAAGUGCAGCGAAUGUCUGGAGUUCGGGAUGCCAAGAGCACAAUUGUGAAGGCAGAAUGGGUUCUGAACUGGGCGACCUUUGUCUUAGCUAGAUUCACUUCUCACGUUCUCAUUACGGUCAAGCUGAUCAAAGAUGCUCCCAAGUUUGGAAAAGGCGUGGAACUUCCACUCGCCCUAUUUGGCAUGGCUACAAUGAAUGUGCUCAAUUUGUUUCUUGGUGUUGAUCUCUUCAAUGCUUAUAGGAGGGAAAACAGUAAUCCCUUGAAGAGUCCUAAUCACAGCGAAUGACAGACCCAAUGCUGAAAAUAUGGAUUUUUUUUUUCUUUUUUUGGUUUCUGCACACAGAAUUAGACAUGUAGAUUAUGUUUUUUGUAGAAUAAACUUGAGAUUCCAUGCUGAUUGCUGACUGGUGAAAUAGAAUAAAUCUACUAUGUAAAGCUUAUCUGUCAGUCUCAUGGAAGACGUAUGUUGUGUACAGAGCCAUAUCUCUGGUCAAGUAUGGUUGAUGCUUUCUAUGAAGAGCCUCCGCAUCUUGCCGCUCCUUUUCCAAGACCAUUAUU